AAACUGGAAAUGUACGAUAUCGUUGUAUUGAAAUAAGCUAUACGAUUUGUUUUCGUUUAGAAUGGAAAAUUCCAAAAAAUCAAUGAAUUAAAAAAAAAUAUAUCGUAAUGGAAUAAUACGAUCCAUAAAGAGCUUGAAUCGAAAUUCAUCGCAUCUUCGAAUUGAAUAAAAAACGAAAAGAUAAAUAGAUAAAUCGUUAAAUUCAUUAGUUGUUUGGGUAGUAGUAGUUUGGCGCAUUUUCCUAGUUAUGAACGAAUCAAAUUGUACGAGCAUACGAAUUUUCAUGCGAAAAUUGUGUGUAUAUUAAGCGAGAGAGUGAGUGAGACGACAUGGGAAAUACGGAGAGUAAUGUUACUAGUGGUGUCAAGAAACAGGCUGGCGUCUCAACGCAACCACUCUACAAAUUGGUCAAUCUAAAAGGUGGCGGCCUUCUUGUUGACAUGAUGAAACGUGCUUGCCAAAACAAACAAUACGCUGAAAUCGAUCAUGCAAUCAAAACGAAGGUCGAGCCAUUUUUGUACAAUAAAGGAGCUGGCCGAUAUAUACCGGUGUCAAAAAUCGUAAUGAUGCGAAAUUGUGAGCGUCCGCGACACAAGCAACUGCCCGAAAUCCGGGCUAUGGAAAAUCCAGACGAAGAGUUCGACAUUGAUCAGCAUUUGCCGAAUGUAAAACAGAGCGAGUACCUCAUGAAUCCGUCUGGAUAUCGUGAAGUGUGCUGGGACUUGAAAAAGCGUGGAGCGGUCGGUGAAAGUAUAUUUCACUUGUGUCUACUGAACGCAUCGUCGUUGCAUGCCGAAUUGGCCAAGAGACUGUUGAAAUUUUACCCAAAAUUGAUCAAUGACAUUUACAUGUCGGACGAAUACUAUGGCGAAAAUACUCUUCACAUUGCGAUUGUUAACGAAGAUCCAGCCAUGGUAAAAUAUUUAUUGGAUGCUGGUGCAAAUGUGAGUGAACGUUGCUGUGGAACGUUUAUGUCACCCGAAGAUCAAAAGGCGUCACGAACCGAUAAUAUCGAACACGAGUGGGUCGAUGUGAAUCCAAUGACCAAUUACGAUGGUUACGUGUAUUGGGGUGAAUAUCCGUUGAGCUUUGCCGCUUGUUUAGGCCAAGAGGAAUGUUAUCGCUUGGUAUUGGCUCGUGGUGCUGAUCCCGAUGCACAAGAUACAAAUGGGAAUACAGUAUUGCACAUGCUCGUGAUUUAUGAGAAAUUGGACACAUUCGAUAUGGCGUAUGAAGUCGGUUCAUCGCUCUCGGUGCGCAAUCAAUUGAAUUUGACGCCGUUAACAUUGUCCGCCAAAUUGGGCCGUGUCGAAAUUUUCUUUCACAUUAUGAACAUUGAGCGGGAAAUUUACUGGCAAUUGGGUAGCAUCACAUGUGCGGCAUAUCCGUUGCCACAAAUCGAUACGAUUGACUGUGAAACGGGGCAUAUUAGCAAAGAUUCGGCGCUGAAUUUAGUCGUUUUUGGCGAUAAAGACGAACAUCUUGAACUGCUCGAUGGCAUUCUCAUCGAUUUACUGAAAACGAAAUGGAAUACAUUCGUGAAAUCACGAUUCUAUCGACAAUUUUAUCUAUUCACAUCGUAUUUUUUAAUUUCGCUCAUUAGUUUUUUACUACGACCUGGUCCAAACGUGACGGACAACGAUGAUGAUACCGAACAUAAUAAUGAUGCAAACGGACAUUCCGAUGUUAAACAUGACGACAAUAAUGUCAACACUGUAAAUAAUUCGACAACAACAACGACGUUACACCAGCACCUGUACUAUAGCAAUCAAACCGUUCUUAUUUCGAAUAUACUCAAUGUUACCAAUCGCCAUUUGGUGAAUGACACUCAAGCAACGAAUUUAGAUUUGAACGUUUCACCAUUGAUAUUUAUGAAUAACGCCCUAUCGUCAGCCAUUUCAAUGCCAUUUAUCAAGGAAAAUGGUGAUCCUUUUUGGUAUAAUAAAACUGAUGCCGAUGACUCGGAUUCGAAGUGGUGGACUUCAUUCGCAGAGUGUCCGUUGCUCAAUAUUGAUUCCGAUGUGGAUAAAUUGCGAUUGAUCACGGAAAUGAUCCAAUUGAUUGGCGCUUUCUUGUAUAUUGUGGCGGCAUUACGUGAAAUGAAGUUCUUGGGCCUUCACAUGUUUAUCGAAAAUUUGAUGACUGCUCCGUCGCGCGUAAUGUUUCUGUUUUCCUGUUGCUUGAUGAUGACCAUCGUUCCGUUGCGUAUAUUUUGCUUGGUUGAGUUGGAAGACCACGUGUGCGUAGUGAUCAUGCUGACAACGGCACCUUAUUUUUUAUUCUUUUGCAGAGGUUUCAAAACUGUCGGUCCUUUCGUCGUGAUGAUUUACCGCAUGGUGAUGGGCGAUUUGAUUCGAUUCGUUUCAAUUUACCUGGUGUUUGUGAUGGGAUUUGCUCAAGCAUACUACAUCAUAUUCCUGUCGUUUGAUAAUCCAACGACGCCGGAAGGAGUCGAUGACACCGAAUCAAAUCCGGUACCAUCUCCAAUGGAAUCGAUUGUUGCCAUGUUUCUGAUGUCGCUUACGAAUUUCGGCGAUUACUUCGGUACGAUGGAGCGAACAAAUCACGAAAUGGAAGGGAAAAUCCUGUUUGUUGUAUUCAUGGUGAUUGUGGCGGUGUUGCUGGUGAACAUGUUGAUUGCUAUGAUGGGUAACACUUACCAGAAAAUCGCUGAAACUCGUAACGAAUGGCAAAGACAAUGGGCGCGUAUCGUGUUGGUCGUUGAGCGUGGCGUAUCACCGAUGGAACGCUUGAAAAACUUCAACUUUUACAGUCAACCGAUGUCCGAUGGCAGACGAGCUCUGGUCCUUCGAUUAAACAUGACUGAGAGUGACAAAGAAGAGAUGAAAGAAAUCCUCGAGAUGAAGCGUGUACAUGAGCGGCUGGCUAAGAAACGGCUCAUUGAACGAGAAAAUCGUGAACGAGAACGACAGAAAUUGAUUGAGAAGCUGCUCAAUUCAAUGGAUUAAAAUCCAAACCGUUUUACUCAAUCGAUUUAAAGAAAAGAAAAACAAUAAUAAAGGCGCGACAACCGAAAAAAAAAACACACAAAUUUUCUUCUAA